AUGCAGAUCACCGCCAUCGCCACCGCACUCAUCGCCGGCCUUUCCCUGGUCUCCGCCAGCCCCGUUCCCGAGGCCGGCCACGAUAAAGCCCCGCCCAAGCCCAACACCCAGGUGGGCGGACCCAUCUCCAUCGUUGUCGCUCCCAACAUCGCCACUGCGGUCAACAUCUGUACUCAAUUCGGCGGAAAAUACAACAAGCAGCUUCAGCAGUGUGUCAUCCAACAGAACCAGGCCAACAACAUCGGUAACAACAAUGGUGGAUACCAGUACAACGACAACUCUGGCAAUGUCCGCCGCGAGGCCGAGGCUGAGGCCGAUGCUGAGGCUGGAGGUCCGCCCCCUAAGAAGGCGCCCAAGCCGACACCUGGAACGGUUGCGAUUGUUGUUGCCCCCAACACUGCUACCGUUGCCCAGAUCUGCGCCCAAGUCGGCGGAAAAUUCGACAAGCAGCUCCAGCAGUGUAUUGGCCAGGUAAACCAAGCUAACAACAUUGGCUCCGACAACUAUGCUGGGCAGAGCAACUCCAACUCCGGUUCCGUUGGCGGCUGGUGAGCGUGUGGUCUUGAGUGGAGGUCUGGAGGCUUGGGUGUGAGAUUUCGUUUGCACAGGCUGGAUCUCGGGCUUUUGGUUUCUUGCUUCUCUCUCUUG